UCGCCAAAGUCGGGCCAACUGUGGGCACUAGUACUUGCCAAAGUUGGGCAAACUCUGGCAAUCAAAACUUCGCUUGCCAAAGUUAGGCCAACCUUGGGCCAACCUUCAAACUCUGGCGGCCAACCCAAAUUCGCAUCUGGGUAAUGGCCGGUUUAAUGCCAUUAUAACAUAUUUUGUUUGUUUUUUAACUCCUUCGCAGUACUGAUUUGGUGUUAUGCCAGUACUGAUUUUAAUACUUUUUUAACUCCGACGUAUUACUGAUUCGGUUUUGGAGUCAGUAUACUCCCAGUACUGAUCGGCUUCCGAAAGUCAGUACCGACGGUCAGUACUGAGUCAGUACCACCGGCAGUACCAUGCCGGUGUUUAACUCCGUCCGAAAUUCGGACAUUUCUACUUGGGACGGGAUACAUAGCAUAAAUUCGAAAUUUUCAUAUUAUUGAUAGUUUUUCAGUAAUCUAAAAAAUCUAAUUUAAUCGAGUACCCGAAUUUAUCAAGUAUUCGAAAUAUUCGUGAUAUCGCAUGCAAUCGAAUUCUCGAAAAUUUCAAGUAUUCCAUACAUAGCUUUUGAAAUGAAAUUUAAAAAAAAAGAGAGUUGAAAUAUCAUUUUGAAGCCCGAAUAAACUGACAGUUGAUAUAUCAUUUUUCAUAAAAGUAACACUUUUAAUAAAAGUUUAAUUGAUAGUCAUAACCUCAAAUUAUUCCUUGCUUAUAUCUCCAUUCAUGGUUUGGAUUGUUUUCCGCACUUGGGGAAUGUGAAGUUCAAUAUGAAAGAAAUCUCGAAUUGGUAUUUUAUUUAUUCAAUUCACAUAUUUGCUCCGUUGUCGUUUAGAUACCCAAUAAUUUUUAAUUGGUUCUAAAUGUUUUUAAAGGUUGCAGCCAAGGCAAAAGUAGGAUUAUCAUCUGAAGUGCAACGGAUAAUUAGAUAUGCGGUUGAAGAAAAUGAGGAGUUCAAAAAAGAAUUAGCUUUAUUAUUACAAAAAAACAAAAAUGCAUCCUUUACUAAUACCACAUACGAUGUUAAGAAGGUUGCAAUCAAGAAAAAGAAGAAAGGUAACGAAAAUAAAAGUAAUGGGUUCCAAAGCGAGGCAAGAUGCGUCAGAGAUAAAGAGAAUAAUAUGUAUGUUAUUAGAACUGUUCCUGGUGAUGGAAAUUGCUUGUUUCACUCUCUUGCAUUAUGGCUUACUGAUCAAGAGAAUCAUAUAUAUAAAAACGAUACGCAUAAAAUAAUACGCCAAAGAAUUGUAAAUCAUGUUCAAUGUAACUGGAAUGAUCUUAAAUAUAAUUUACAUGCUACUCAAGAUGAAAACGAAAAAAAAUGUAACACUUUUGCGGAUUAUAAUGAGAAGAUGGGGGGAAAUGGAAAAUAUGGUACUGAUUUUGAAAUUGGAAUGUUUUCACAAUUAUACAAUGUCAAUGUACAAAUAUUUAAGGAAACAGAAAAUCAUGAAAUUGUGAAAAAUAUUGGAAGAUUCAACACUCCGGACAUUACAAAUAAUUCAACAAUUAUGUUGUUUUUUUCUAGAAGUGAUAGAUCGGGACAUUUUGAACUAAUAGAAGAAUUCCAUUAUUACACAAAAAAGAUGGAAAUUAAGAAACAAGAGAAGAAGAGAAUGGAAUAUAAAGAAGAGAUAUUAAAAAAAGGAAAAGAGAACAAUAAUGUGUCAGGGAAAAUAGCAGAAGAUGAAAUAAAGAAACCAGAGGAGAAGAGAGUAGAAUAUAAAGAAGAGAGAUUAGAAAAAGGAAAAGAGAAGAAUAGUGUGUCAAGGAAAAUAGCAGAAGAUGAAAUAAAGAAACCAGAGAAGAAGAAAGUAGAAUGUAAAGAAAAGAGGUUAGAAAAAAGAAAAGAGAAGAGUAGCGUGACAGGAAAAAUAUUAGAAUAUGAAAUAGAGAAGCCAGAGAAGAAGAGAAUUGAAUGUAAAGAAAAGAGAUUAGAAGAAGGAAAAGAGAAGAGUAGUGUGACAGGAAAAAUAGCAGAAGAUGAAAUAGAGAAACCAAAGGAGAAGAAAGUAGAAUGUAAAGAAGAGAGAUUAGCAGAAAGAAAAGAGAAGAGUAGUGUGACAGGGAAAAUAGCAGAAGAUGAAAUAGAGAAACCAGAGAAGAAGAGAGUAGAAUGUAAAGAAAAGAGAUUAGAAGAAGGAAAAGAGAAGAGUAGUGUGACAGGAAAAAUAGCAGAAGAUGAAAUAGAGAAACCAAAGGAGAAGAAAGUAGAAUGUAAAGAAGAGAGAUUAGCAGAAAGAAAAGAGAAGAGUAGUGUGACAGGGAAAAUAGCAGAAGAUGAAAUAGAGAAACCAGAGAAGAAGAGAGUAGAAUGUAAAGAAAAGAGAUUAGAAGAAGGAAAAGAGAAGAGUAGUGUGACAGGAAAAAUAGCAGAAGAUGAAAUAGAGAAACCAAAGGAGAAGAAAGUAGAAUGUAAAGAAGAGAGAUUAGCAGAAAGAAAAGAGAAGAGUAGUGUGACUGGGAAAAUAGCAGAAGAUGAAAUAGAGAAACCAGAGAAGAAGAGAGUAGAAUGUAAAGAAAAGAGAUUAGAAGAAGGAAAAGAGAAGAGUAGUGUGACAGGAAAAAUAGCAGAAGAUGAAAUAGAGAAACCAAAGGAGAAGAAAGUAGAAUGUAAAGAAGAGAGAUUAGCAGAAAGAAAAGAGAAGAGUAGUGUGACAGGGAAAAUAGCAGAAGAUGAAAUAGAGAAACCAAAGGAGAAGAAAGUAGAAUGUAAAGAAGAGAGAUUAGAAGAAAGAAAAGAGAAGAGUAGUGUGAUAGGGAAAAUAGCAGAAGAUGAAAAAGAAACACAAAAGUUGUCUGCAACUACUUUUAAUGAAGAAUUAAAAGAGACAAUUUGUACAGAAACACAAGUAGUAGUAGACAAUGCAAAAGAUUUUUCAGCUUUUGACUUCAAUGAAGAGACAGAAGAAAUGCAUUCUUCCAAAUUUCCAAAAAGUAGGGACACAAGAAAGGAAAAAAUCAUAAUUCAUCAAGAAGAAUGGAUAAAAAUAAAUAAAAUUAUAGACCUUAAUGAUAAUAAGAAUGAGUGCAAUGAGAAUGUUAUUGAUGAGUGUGAUGAAAAUAAAUAUAGUUGCAAUAAAAAAGGUGUGAAUGUACGUCGUGAAAAUAAAAUUACUUUUGACCAAAAUAGUUGUAAUAAAAAUAUGAAAGAGGACGAUAAAUUUGAGAGUAAUAGUGAUUUAAUAAUUGUCAAAAAUGGUAAAAAUGAGAGUAGUCGCAAUGAUAUUAAUAGUAUAAAUAAUAAUGAAAAAAAGAAGAAUAAUAAUGAGGGGAGUACUUUUAAUGAUAUUGAUGCUUAUAAUUAUGAUAAUUAUAGUACAACAAAUAAUGAGUUUAAAACGAAUGAGAGUGAUGUUAAUGAGAAUAGUUGGAACAAGUCAACCGACGAUAAAAAUGAAAAUGUUAAGAAUUGUUUUGAUAGAAUUAGUGAUGAUGAGUGUGAAAAUAAGGAUUAUUGUCAGAAUAAUAAAAACGUUGAGAAUAGAGAUUGUGAUGCAAUUAAUGUCAAUGAUGAGACUACUAAUUAUGAGAAUAGUGAGCAUGAUUAUGAUGAGAAGUAUUGUGUUAAAGAUGAUGAUGAUAAUGUUAGUAUAGGUAGCGAUGAUGAUGAAUAUGAUGAUAAAUAUGAUUAUGAAUAUAAUAAUGGUGAUGGUAACGACGGUGAUGAUGAUGGAUAUGAAAAUAAUGGUGAUGAUGAUGAGAAUGGCGAUGAUGAUGAAUAUAAUGAAGAUGGUGAUGAAUAUAAUGAAGAUGCUGAUGGUGAUGAUACAGCAAGAAAGAAGAAAUUAAGAAAAAUAUGUCACAAGAUAGAAAAGAAAGAUAAUAGUAAAGCAAAAGAAGAAAUGGAAAAAACUAGUAAAACAGCAAAAAAAGAAAGGAUAAAAUAUGAAGAGUUCAUAGGUGAAGUACAAGUCGAUCAAAAAAUGUGGAAAAGUAAUACGGAUACAUAUGACAGAGAUACCAUAUAUGGUUCUAUUAAGAAAUGUUUUUUCGAAAUUUUAGAAUGCCCAUGUAGUUUAACAUUUUAUAAUUUUAGAUUUAAUAACAGUGUAAAAAAUACAAUUAUUAUAUACGCAUUUUGCUCUCAAAAUCAUAUUCAUUCACAACAUUUUAAAUGUGAAAUAAGAGAUUUAGAGCUUAAACAUACAACGUUGAGAGUAUUAAGUAAUAAAAAAAUGUUAGUUUCACAUGAUGGCACAACAAAAAAGUAUAAACAGAUCAGAGGUAAGCAACGAGAUGAAAUGAAGAGACUUUUACAACAUCAAUCUGCUAGAAAAAUUCAAUUGAAGACAGAACUAUCAUUAAACAAAGAUAUGUGGCAAAAUGGUCAUCCACAAAAUAUGAUGAAAAUAAAAACGCUACACAAAAUCAGACAAGAAGAUAAAAGUAAACAUCGAUUAACUUUGGAAGAUAAAGUACUUUCAGAUUUAUGUCAGCUGUGUAUAAAUGAAAGUAAAAAAGAUGAUCCUUAUCUUCGUAAUGUGUCAGUACCUUUGAGAACAGUCAUGUAUAGCAAACGGCAAUUACAAGCAAUAGUCGAUAAUAAAUCAACUAGAAUUGGGCAUUGUGAUUCUACAGGAUCCAUAGCUAGGAAACUAGAUGACGUUUCUAGCAAUAAAGUCAUGUACUAUUGCAUAGUGUGCAAAGUUAAUGAAUCCGAAAUUCCAGCAAUAGAGAUGUUAACGGUGAAUCAUGACGCUUUUUCUAUAGGCAAAUUUUUGAUGGAUUUUGAAGAAUUUGUUCUGAAAGAAAAAUUUGAAUGGCCAUUUUUUAAAGCUAUUGUUGUCGACUGGUCUUGGGCAUCAAUAAACGCCAUAACAUUACAGUGGAAUAAAAUGACAGUAGUUGAUUACAUUAAUAUGACUUAUGAUUAUUUAACAAAGAAAAAAGACCUUCCAAACCACUUAACAUUCCUAUUGACGUGUUUUGCUCACGUAAUGCAUCGAACAUCAAAAACUAUAGACAAAAAUUAUAUACGUUUAAAAGAUAAGAAAAGUUUUGUUCUAGACAUAUUCAGUUUGUUAUUAUUAAGUCGAACUAUUGAUGAAGUAGACGUUAUAUUUGAAGAUAUUUUACACAUUCUGUUAACGAAGGAUGCAGAAAAAGCUAAUAGGUCAAUUCUCAUUCUCUCCGGCAUGAUAACAAAAGAUAUAAAGGAUGAAAUGAAAAGUGUUUACAAAGAAGUAAAAGUUAUUGAAAAUGCUAUAGAGGAAUAUAAGAUUGAAAAAGAAUUCGAGUACUUUUAUAAAGACAGCAAAGCAGUAUUUACCCAAUCAGAAUUUUAUAAACGGUUUUAUAUAAAAUUAGUAAGAUUGCAGAACAAAUACAAUGAAGAAGAAGCUUUACUCGAUGAUGAAAACGAUGAAAAUUUGAAUAAAUUUUAUUGUCCUAGAUUUGCAGAAUAUUUAACACUGGAGUAUAUGCCUUUCAUUUCUAUUUGUGGAGCAUUGAUGCUCGAUACUAUUGAUAAAAAUAUCUCUCGCGUUAGUAAUAGUUACGUAGAAACACACAAUGCAACAAUAAAACAUUCUAUCUUAGAAAAGCGAAAAAAUUGUGCAGCAGGACAAGUCAUUAGGGAACUUGAAGACUAUGUUGAUGAAAUUGUAGCAGAAUGUAACCUGGGGGAAGAUGCGAGAAUAAAAAUGACUAAGAAAGAAAAAGAAAAGCCAGCUUAUCCAGAUACAGCUUCUAAUCCUUUAACUGUUGACGUGUGGAGAAGAGGUAAACAAUCGGUUCAAAGAAAAGCUAAUCAUGCGUCGGCUAAAACUUUGACGAAACUGGUAAAAGAAAUCAUUGAUAAGAAAAUAAUAACAGCAGAGGAAAAUGAAGCAGAGCGACUAGUAUCUAAACACGGCACAAAAAAUUUUGUAAGAAAAGAAUUUAUUCAAACUAGUAACAAUAAACUGACUGGAUCAAAUUACGAAGUUGAUGACCUGAAGAAAAAAAAAGAAAUAGUCAAUCUAAAUAAAGAAAUAUUUAAAAAUGAGAAAACUGAUUCACGGAAAAGGAAAAUAAUUAAUGAAAACGGAAAACACUUAGAAGAAAAACGUCAAAAAACAAUUCACGAAGAAUGUGUAGUAGAAAACAUAGGCGAUAAUAUAAUCGAAUAUUCUCAAAAUGAGAAAAAGAAUUUAGAAUAUUAUUCUACUUCGAAAUCGAAUUACAUAAUAGUUGGAAAAUUCACGUUUGGAGAUAGUGUAUUUUCAACAACCAGCGAAAUUCAUAUUACUUGCAAGCACUUAAAAUCUCUUACAAACGAUUCAGGUUGGAUUGACGGGCAAAUCAUUGACUCUUAUUCUGUGUGUAGAAAACAAUUUUGGUCAGAAAAUAUUACUUACAUUCCAACUGAUAAUACAAGUAUAUUUUUAGGGGAUUUUUAUAAUAAAAGGAAGGAUACCAUUCACCCAUUUUAUAAAAUGAAUAAACCUCUGAAUGAUAUCAUUCUAAUGCCUUACUUGUUCCUUGGACAUUGGAGAUUACUAUUUGUUAAUGUAAAACAAUUGUUCAUAACGUUAAUAGAUCCUUAUAUGCAAGGUAGUGAUGAAGACAGAGUGGUAGAGGCAUUUUAUCAAUUUAUAAAAGUUUGCGACGUUAAUUCUUCUUUUGGAAAAUUUAAAAAAGGGAAAUUUGAAGUAAAACAAUACGUAAAAAGAAGACCAUAUCAACCAGUAAACGAUGGGUCUAACUGUGGAGUUUACAUCCAGUACUAUUUGGAUAGUAUUGCAACUGACACAGAAAUGGAAGAAAACUUCAACCCUCUUAAGUUUAGAAAUAAUGUUGCUAAUCAGUUGAUUAUUUGUGCUGAAAAAGGACCACAAAAUUGUGCUUAUUGCGAAUUUAAAGUUAAAGACAAAAAAUGUAUUGUCUGUGAAGAAUGUAGUGUAAACGUUCACAAACAAUGUGCGUAUAAAGGAGAAAUUAAUUCUGAUGAUGAAGAAAACAUUAACUAUCGGCCAAAUAAAAGAGUUAAUAAAGAUAUCUUAGAUAAAUAUAAAUGUAAACUGUGCAGGCGUCAAUCACAAAAAAAUAAAAAAUGAAUCUUUGU